UUUGUUAUGCGAGGUCAACUACCAACCUUUGUUCUUGAUAAGUGUGGUACAAACCAUUAAGAAAGAAAAGACCACGGAAAUAACUUUAUUGUGUUGCACCGCAGCUGAUGUCCAUUUCUGCCAGGACGCAGAUCCUUAAAGGUCAGCUCUACACAAUGACCAAUUAGGAGGAACCAGAACAGCAGUGCCUCACACUCUUUUUCCCUGGACAGAUGACUUCAUAACGGUGGCUGGUGAGGCUGAGGUGGCCAUGAGAAUUGUUCUCCUGCUGUUCUGGGUUGGAAUGUCUCUGUUCCCUUCCAGCUUCUCCCAGGCCGGGCCCUCCCAAUGCCUCAGCCACCCAGAAGUUGUGGUCCCCUUAAAGGUGACCGGCAAGGGCAGAAGUGCAAAAACUCCAGGCUGGCUCUCCUACAGCCUACAGUUUGGGGGCUGGAGACAUGUUGUCCAUAUGAAGAUCAAGAAGCUCUUGGUUUCCAGACACUUCCCGGUAUUCACAUACACAGAUCAGCAUGCUCUUCUCCAGGAUGAGCCUUUUGUUCCCGACGACUGCUACUAUCAUGGUUAUGUGGAAGGAGUCCCUGAGUCCCUGGUUUCCCUCAGUACCUGUUCUGGAGGUUUUCGAGGAAUGCUGCAGAUAAAUGACCUUGCUUAUGAAAUCGAGCCCAUCAGGCACUCUACCACAUUUGAACACUUGGUUUAUGAGAUAAACACUAAUGAGACACAAUUCCCACCUAUGAGAUGUGGCUUAACAAUGAAGGAAACUGCACUCCAACAGUUGAGAUUUGAAGAGGCUAACAAACCAACUCUGAAGCAAAGUUCUAAUGAUAAAUGGUGGACCCACUCAUGGUUUCUGGAGCUGAUUGUGGUGGUAGAGAGCAAUUUCUUAGUUUAUUCUCAAAGCAACUUCUCAAAGGUACAGGAGGAUGUGUUUCUUGUUGUCAACAUAGUAGAUUCCAUUUAUGAGCAGUUGGGUACUUCUGUGAUUUUGAUUGGGAUUGAGAUUUGGAAUCAAGGAAAUAUUUUCCAAAUGAUAAGCAUAGAACAGGUUCUGAAGGAUUUCUCUCAGUGGAAACAAAUCAGUCUUUCCUGGCUACAGUACGAUGUUGCACAUUUUUUCAUAAAAAAUUCACUUAUAAGUGUACUUGGUAUAGCCUAUGUUGCAGGAAUAUGUCAUCCUCCUAUUGAUUGUGGGGUUAACAAUUUCCAAGGAGACUCGUGGUCUCUUUUUGCCCUCACUGUCGCCCAUGAAUUAGGACAUACUUUGGGUAUGCAGCAUGAUGAAGAAUUCUGUUUGUGUGAGCAAAGUGGCUGCAUCAUGAAUGCUACCAGAGUUCCAGCAAAGAAAUUCACCAAUUGUAGUUACACAGAUUUUACAAAGACCACUUUAAACCAGGGAUCAUGUCUACACAAUAUUCCACAUCCAGGGGAAGUCUUUAUGCUUAAGCGCUGUGGGAAUGGUGUGGUUGAAGGAGAAGAGGAAUGUGACUGUGGAUCUAUAAAGCAGUGUCAACAGGAUCCCUGUUGUUUGUUGAGCUGCACUCUGAGGCCUGGCGCUGCUUGUGCUUUUGGGCUUUGUUGCAAAGACUGUAAGUUCAUGCCAUCAGGGAAACUCUGUAGACAUCAGGUCAAUAAAUGUGACCUUCCAGAGUGGUGCAAUGGGACAUCCCAUCAGUGCCCCGAAGAUGCAUAUGUGCAGGACGGGGUUCCCUGUGGUGACAAUGCCUACUGCUAUAGAGGGAGGUGUAACAACCAUGACGAACAAUGCAGGGAGAUUUUUGGUGAAGGUGCAAAGGGUGCAUCUCAGAGUUGCUACAAAGAAAUCAACACUCUGGGAAACCGUUUUGGCCACUGUGGUAUAAAUGGCACGGCAUACCUAAAAUGUAAUACCUCAGAUAUCUUUUGUGGCAGAGUUCAAUGUGAGAAUGUGAGGGUUAUUCCCCAUCUGAGAGAUCACUCUAAUUUGCAGCAAACUCACAUCAAUGGUGUCAUCUGCUGGAGUAUUGACUAUCAUGUAGGAAUGUACACACCUGAUGUUGGGGAAGUAAAAGAUGGCACCAUGUGUGGUCCAGGAAAGAUCUGCAUUCACAAGAAGUGUGUCAGUCUGUCUCUCUUAUCACAAGUCUGCCUGGCUGAGACCUGCAACAUGAAGGGGAUCUGCAAUAAUAAACAUCACUGCCACUGUGACUACGGGUGGUCCCCACCGUACUGCCUGCACAGAGGCUAUGGAGGUAGUGUUGACAGUGGCCCAGCAUCUGCCAAAAAAGUUUUCUUGCUGCUAGUUGUGAGUCUUACUUUGUCUGUUUUGUUUUUACUGUCAACUGCUGUAUUUAUGUACUUUAGAAAACAUUUUGGUCCCAAGGAGACUAAGGCACCGUCUUCAGGUUAGGAAAAUGCCUCUACUUUAAUAUCCUGUGCAUUAUUAAGUUUUAGUCUCUUGGCAGGGAAAAUGUUACUACAUGCCCAAAACCAAGCACAUUACUGACAAUUUACAGAAAAAUGCAGGAAACUUCUCUUUUGUCAGUAUCAGACGUAUCAGAAACAUGGCCAUUAAGCAAAGGUAAUUCCUAACAUCUUCCUAUCUACUGUUCAUUGUGAUAAGCAGCAAAUAAAGCUCCAUUUCCCCCAAAUUUAUCCUCUUUGUGUUUCUUGAGCACAGAUAUGAUUCACGGGAAAGGCAGGAGACAGGUAUCUGAGAACACAGACUUCAUUUACUUCCAAAGUAACUUUUCAAAGGUGCAGAGAAUGUAUUUCUGGUUGACACAGUGGAUUCCAUUCAUCAGCAGUUGGGUACUUAUGUGAUUUUGAGUGGGAUUGGGAUUUGGGAUAUUGGAAAUGUUUUCCCAAUGAUAAGCACAGAACAAACAGACUGCCAAGUUCAUGCCAUCAGGGGAACUCUGUAGACAUCAGGUCAAUAAAUGUGACCUUCUGGCAUAGUGCAAUGGGACAUCCCAUCAGUGGCCAGCAGAUGGGUAUGUGCAGAAUGGGAUUCCCUGUAGCAACAGUGCCCACUGCUAUCAAAAGAGAGGUAUAAAGGAGGAGAAAUUACUCAAAUGUUUCUAACAUUCUGCUCCAAAAUCUGAAAAGAAAAAUGAUAAUAAUGUUUGUCCCACCCAACCUCCUGGGUUUAUUUGGUAACCAAAAGAGAGAAAGAAAUGAAUUUUUAUUAAAGUGUAAACAAAUUGUUUGUUUAAUAAAAACUCCUGACCCUCUU